UAGUAUCUUGUUUGGGAAAAUUUCAUACUAAAUUUCAGGGAUAACAGUUGAUAACAAUCUAAGUGUUGUUUUAGUUCAUGGAGUUUUGCGGGCAAUGUUCGCACAAGUAGUGUAGAAUCAGUAUAACAGUGAGGUAUAACAAAACAAACGAUCUUCUCGCCCUGUACUUCAGUGAAAUUGCUUUACUUCUGGAUCUGAUAAGAAACGAUCGUCUUUUGUCUACGUUCGUUCAACAUUCGAGAGUAAAAUUUCAAUGUUUUGGUUUAUUGUAACGGUAGGCUGUUAAAAUAUGAAUAAAAACAUCGAGUACCCAACACUGCCGGUCAGCAAAGAAGAAUGUUUGCAGUAUGUGUUGUACGUCGCGAUGAUCCACGUCGAGAUCAUACCAGAUAUCAGUGAUACUCUUUUGGUAAAUCUAAUCGGACCACCGGAGAAUUAUACUCCUAGAGCCAAGCUUUAUGCCACGCCCAAACUCGGAACGUGGUGGCAAAGCAUGCCCGAGUUCGGGCUGGAGAAUGUUGCGCCGGAAGAUAAUGCUCCAGUUAAUUUUUAUUUCAUUGUGAAAUACGAGCUGUCCGUCUACCCGUCCAGGGUCGGCUGGUAUGAAAAGAAGCAUACCGGGGCAGUGGUACGCAUCUGGGCCUACAGAGCCGAAGCAAAGGAAUGGUCCCUGCUGUGGGAUUGUCGUUAUGAUGGCGUCCUGAGCAACAGUUCUCCCCAGCUCUUCUGCCCAGAGAUACGUACCGUUCGACACUCGACAAAGUUGCUACGGUUCGAGCUUAACACGCGUGAUCGGGUAAAAGCCAUCGUCAACUUUGAUGGAAUUGCUUUGGUAGGUGUGGAAGACAGUUCGGAGGAAACGUUACAUCAGUCGUCUGCGGUACCAUUGAAAUCGCACGAAGGAGUCACUCAGGACAGUGGCACGCGCGACUCAAGCGCCCUACCACCUACUAGGGCCACUGGGAGGAAGCUUACCGAUCUACCACACGAAAUGCUGUUUAAGAUCUUUUCGCACCUCGAUCAGCUGUCGCUCCGUAACGUUGGACAGGUGUGCAAUUCGUAUGCCGCGCUCGUAUCCGAUGCCCGACUGUAUCGGGUGGUAAACCUGCGUCCAUACUGGCACAAGAUGAACAGGCAGCAUCUGCAAUGGCUGCAGAAACGAUGCACCGGCAUCAGCAAGCUGGAUCUCUCCUGGUGUGGCAAUGUCGACGUAUUCAACAAUUCCGACGUGAAUGCAUUGUUGAAGCGUCGCGGUGCCACCCUAACGCACUUGCGGCUCAAUUGCUUCGGAGUAUCUGUCAAUCUGUCCCGCAUGCUUAAGCUCUGUCCCAAUCUAACCGAGCUUUGCAUGCAAAGCGCGUGCAUCGACAAUAAUUACAUAUUCAGCCAUUCCUAUUGCGGACAGUUGGUUACGCUCGAUCUGGGCCGGACAAGCGUUUCGAUCAAAAUGCUCAAUCAUCUGCUGCAGCAUAAUCUAGGGCUGCAGCAUCUAAACCUGUCGUACUGUACCUUUCCUGUGUUGGACAGGCUUUUAACAUUCGGUCAACGAUAUCAUUUGCAAUCUUCCAUCAUCUGUACGAUCAGGGAAUACAACCGGCAGCUCAUAAGCCUUAACCUUUAUCGGACGUGCAUAGUGACUGCGGAUGCACUGGAGGCGCUAUAUAAUUGCUUCAACCUAGAAGAGCUCGACCUCGGCUAUAGCUGGUACUCAAAUCAAUGUUUCGAUUAUGAGCUAACUAUGCUGGUGCAGACUUGUACGCGCCUACAACGAAUAGGAAUUGCCGGUUAUAUGACGUCGAGCGAUUCCUUUCUGCAAACGUUUGCGGCGAGCUGUCCCGAGCUACAGCUGCUGGAUCUGACCGAAUGUGAGAUACUAAACGAUGAGUUGAACGCUUUGCGAAAUGAAUUUCCAACACUCAGCAUAUUAGACCAAUCGAGGAGUGAAGGGACUCAAUGAAAUUGGUCAUAGAUUUGCUGGUUUGAUGAGAUAGAGAUGAGGCGACGUGUGUAUAGAACACAUUAUUCCGGCGAAUAGUGGGAUGGUGAUAACAAAAAUCUUUUGAUUAUAAGCCGCUGAUUCAAGACAUUGGUUAAAAACACACACAAAAUCAGCAUUUCAUUUUCAACAUUAAUUCUUUUAUUAAAGGUUACCCUAUCGCCUAUCUUAUUUGGUCUUUUAUGAUCAACAAUCUAUGAACAACGGGUUGCGGGAUAAAUCCAAAAAGUACACUAUCAACUUAACGCUACACUGCGCACUCCUUCCCAUGAACACUAGGCUUCUGCAGUACUACCACUCUACGGUUGAAAUAGGAAA